AGACGCGUGACUGGCUCAAAAAGGUUCCGAGGUGCGCCUUCUUUGAACUCAGAAUCGCUUCCCCCCUUUCCAUUGAAGCCAUGCAGAUGCUGCUUUUGGCAGCAUUGCUCGCCCAGGUGGCGCAGAGCAACAAGCUCUACUUUGACCUCGCCGAUGGCACGAAGCGACCGACGACCAAAGUCGUCAAGCUGCUGCAAGGGAUGAAGGAGCAGCUGGAAGCGGACAGCAAAGCAGAUGAGGAAACCUAUGACAAGUACAAGUGCUGGUGUGAUGACAACAUGAAGAACAAGGCCAUGUCUGUGAAGGAGGCCGAAGAACAAUCCCAACAGUUGAAGGAGCGGGUGGAGUUCCUGCAAGCCACCUCCUUGCGCUUGAAGGGUGAGAUCGAGACGGCGGAGGACGAAGUGGCCAAGAACCAGGCAGCUUUGGACACGGCCACCGCUUUGCGGGCACAACAAGCGAAGGAGUACACCGACGACAAGCAGACGCUGGGAGGCAACAUUCAGGCGGUGGGCAACGCGCUCUAUUCCAUGAAGGGAGCAGCACCGGGUAGCUUUCUGCAACUUCCACAAGUUCAAGCCGUCAAGCCCGUGCUGCAACAAGUUGUUGUCAAGAACUUCGAGAAGAUGUCUUCAGCAGACCGUGAGACCAUUCAGGCCUUCCUCCAGGAGCAGGGCGACGGCGACGCCGUGGUGGGGAUCCUCUCUGCCUUGUCGGAUGACUUCAGUGAAGAGCUGAAAGCGGUGGAAACACAGGAGGCGACUCACAAGGAGCAAUAUGAGGGCGUCUCCGCGGCCAAGAAGGACGAGAUUGAGGCUGGAAUCAAGCAAGUGGAGAGCAAGAAGGAAGAGAAGGCCGCGGCCGAGGAGGAGAGGGCACACAAGAAGCAGGAGAUCAAGGACCUCUCAGCUGUUUCUGGCAAAGACCUGGAGUUUGCCGCAGAGGUGAAGACGCGCUGCGCAGAGAUGGAAGCGCAGCACUCCGAGCGCACCAAGACGCGCGCAGAUGAGCAGGCAGCGGUGGCCAAAGCUAUCGAGAUUCUUGAUGCUGAUGAUGCGAAUGCCAACUUUGCCAAGACCUUCAGCGCGUCCUUUUUGCAGGAGUCGCAGCAGACGGACCUGCAACGCCGCGAGAAAGCUGCAGAGGUUUUGGCCAAGGCCGCCCAGAAGGACACGCGCCUGGCUGGGCUGUUGCUGCAGAUGAAGAUUGAUAAGUUCGAGAAGGUGAAGAAGGCCAUUGAUGAGAUGGCCACUGCCUUGAAGAAGGAGCAGCAGGAUGAGGUGAAGCAGAGAGACUUCUGCGUGGACUCCUUCCAGAAGAACCAGGUGGAGACGGAGGAGAAGACCAGUGUGAAGAAAUCGCUGGUGGCCAAAGAGGGCACCAUCACCAUGGAAAUUCAGACGACUGGAGAGGAGAUGGAUUUGUUGACUGCUUCUAUUGCUGAUUUGAAGAAGCAAAUGGAGAAGGCCAGCCAAAACCGUGAGGCUGAGAACAAGGAGUUCCAGACUUUGGUGACGGAGCAGCGUGAGACGCAGCGGCUUCUGAAGGAUGCCUUGACCGCGCUGAAAGAAUUCUACAUGAAGAAUCCAGCAGGUUCUAUGAUUCAGCUGCACCGGGCUGACCCAAAGACUCCAGAGGGCUUUAAGGACUACAAGAGCAAUGGCCAGAGCUUUGGGGUCAUGAGUCUCUUGCAGCAGCUGGUCUCUGAUGCUGAAGCGAUGGAAUCAGAGGCCACUCGAGCAGACCAAAGUGCGCAGAAGGCCUACGAGAAGUUCGCUGCGGACACGCAAGAGUCAGUGGAAUCCAAGGAGGAAGCUUUGGCUGAUAAGUCCUUCAUGAAGGCUGGCAGCGAGAAGAGCCAUGUGCAGACCAAGCAGAGCCGGGAGGGUGUGGAAACCGAACUUGAAGGUUUGGCUUCCACCAAAGCGGACCUUCAUGAAAGCUGCGACUGGCUCAUGAAUAACUUUGAUGGUCGGCAAUCCGCCCGGAAGGAGGAGAUCGAGUCCAUCGCCAAGGCCAAAGCAAUUCUGUCAGGUGCAAGCUUCUCCGAGAUCCAGCUCGAUUAAGCAACGUCAACGCCGAUCGCGUCGGGGA